AUGCUUUUCAUUCUGGUGUCAGUGCUUCUUCCGCUAAGAUGUGCCGCCGUGCACGAUUUCACCGGUGAGGAGGUUCAUAAUCAGGAGCACAUAAGAGAGCAUCUGAAAAACAAGGUGGAUAUCGGCAAUUUAUCCGAGGUACAGGAAAGGUUCCAUUACUUCUCUAUGAAUGACCUGGAUAAAGACAAUAAGUUGGAUGGGACUGAGAUAACAAGGGCGCUAUUUCACACCCAUGGAGCAGAGGAAAUGCCGUUGUUGACAGACGAACAAAUAGAGAAAAUGGUUGACGGUGUGUUGGCCACAGCAGAUUUAGACGGUGAUGGCUACGUCGACUACACGGAAUAUAUUUUGAAAAUGAAACCGAAAUAA